AUGAGCAGUCUAUAUCAACAAUCCGCCGAAGUUACGCAAUCUUCGGGCUCUUUUCUAGCUUCCGCCCCAGUGGAAUUGCUAACCGUCAAGGGCUACGAUGAUUUCCUAGCCAAGCAGAAGAGGCUAAACGUGGAUGUCGCUACGGUCAUGAGCGAGGACAAAAGCUGUGCCUACGUUAUGAAGGGCAGUGAGGUUGUUGCCACUGUCGGGGGAGGAGCUUUGGAGCACUUACUCUCGAUGAUGUGA